AUGAGAGAGAAUACCAGUAGCAACAGUAGCAACAACAACAACACACUCCCACCAGCGUCGGAGUACGACGAUGCCCCCGACGAAUGGGACCAACGGAUCCUCAAGACAGGGUGCGCCGCCGAAAACGAGCGGCUCCUUUUGUGCCAUUUCGACACGGGCGACUGGCGGGCAUGCACUUUGGAGAUGGAGGCGUUUCGUCAAUGCUGGGCUGCGCAUGGGAAUUUGGAGCGCACGCGGACCGUCGACAGCGACGACAGCGACGACAGCGACGACGGGGGCGUUGACCGGGGGGCGUUGACCGGGGGGCGUUGA